AUGGUCAGAUACGUCAAUGGAAAACUCGCCGUCAGUUUUUCGGUCACAGAGCCAACUCGCGGAAGCAAGGAUGUGAAACACAUCCAUUUGGACCCGGAAGAAGUACGUGGCGAGUUGAGACUCGAGAAAAUAAAAAGAGCCAGGAAAGCGGCUUUCGCCCAACUUCGCGCGCUUGAGCGCCUCUCGUCCGGUCCAGAUCGCUUGGUGGUGGAUUCCAUUCAGCCCGGGGAAAAACUACAUUGGAAGCACUGGGAUGAGUUCUACCGACCCAGGGAGGAAAAUCCAGAAACAGCGGAUGUGGUCGAAAUGUCGGAUGCGUUCAAGAGAGCGGAGGAGCGCAAAAGAGCGGAUAUGAUCAACUGGAGGACUUCCCACAAGCUAGAGAAGAAUGUCAAGCGAAUAGAAUGGGACCUGGAAAAUGUAUAUGGUGCCUUGAAACUCGAGAAAGAAUCAGGCGGGGAAGCGGCUAUCGCAAAACUUCGCGAGAGUGAAGCCAAACUUCACGAGAAUGAAGGCACCUUACAGGAGUAUGCAUUAUGGUAUGAGGUGGAUGCGAUUCGACGCAAGGGCCAAAUCUAUCAACUUCCACAAGCAGCUGUAAAAUUACUCAGUGAGACAUCAAGUAAUUUCCACAAUUGGCAGGCAAAAGCCACCUUGGCCAAACCUCUUCCCAGCAAACCCAACAAAAAGUGA